GGAACAUAUACAGACGUCCCUCGUCUCUUCACCUCCGGCGGCCGCCUUACACCCGGCCACCAGCUUGUUCGUCGCCGGCGAGCUAGCUUCCUCCUCUCCGGGCUCCGGCGUCUCCGCCGGCCGGCUGGCCUGUUCGUCGUAGUAUAUAUAUCGUCGUCGUCUCCGUCGACGACAAAACUGUGUAGUGCCACUGAUCGCGACCCGGCCGGCAUUAUUGAGGCUGAGGCAACGAUCGACCUGACACAAGAAGAAAGAAGAUGGUGAACACGACGGCGGGCGUGAAGUGCGGCGGCGGCGGGGCGGCGCUGCCGCUGUCGACGCUGAACCACGUCUCCCUGGUGUGCCGGUCGCUGUCCACCUCGCUCACCUUCUACCGCGACUUCCUCGGCUUCGUCUCCGUCCGCCGCCCGGGCUCCUUCGACUUCGACGGCGCAUGGCUGUUCAACUACGGCAUCGGCAUCCACCUGCUGCAGGCAGAGGACCCGGAGAGCAUGCCACCCAAUAAGGAGAUCAACCCCAAGGAUAACCACAUCUCAUUCACGUGCGAGAGCAUGGAGGCGGUGCAGCGGCGGCUGAAGGAGAUGGGCGUCCGGUACGUGCAGCGGCGGGUGGAGGAAGGCGGCGUGUACGUGGACCAGAUCUUCUUCCACGACCCCGACGGCUUCAUGAUCGAGAUCUGCACCUGCGACAAGCUCCCCGUCGUCCCCCUCGACGCCGCCGCCGCCCACUCCAUCUUCGCCGGCCGCUCGCCGCCGCCGCCCGUCGCCUGCAAGAUCAGGCCCGUCAAGCAGCCGUCGGCGACGAAGCUGGGCAGCGUCGCCGCCGGCGGCUGUGUUGGGGAGGUCAUCGUCGUCGACGCGAUCAACGGCGCCGCCGCCGCCGGCGGCGGCGGCGCGAUGAGCUGAGGAGACUUGUGGCAUUGCUGAUCCAACGAGGAAUCAUUGAUUUGAUGAAUUGUUGUUCAACUUUAAUUUUGGUCGUGAUGAUGAUUAAGGUGUAUGUAAUUCGAUCCGGUGAUUAAUUUGUCUCUCGCUGCCCAAUAAUAUUUGCGUAAAUUAAUUAA